GCUGCUGCUGCUGCUCGCUGACGUCGCUUCAGCUUGUCAUUUUUUUUCAGCCCCGGAGAAGUCCGCACCUUGCAUGGUACCGAGCACCGUGUGCUGUGCCGUGGUGAAUCCGAGUCAGGACCCAUGCCCUCCCUGUCAGAACAGCUACAGGAGGCGCGCAGCCAGGGAGAAGUAUGUCUCUACUCUGGCGGCAGAGUGGUGGAAGUGCGGGCGGGUGUGAUGGUGAUGGCUCAGCUUCCUUUACCGCCGUGCUCCAAGUACCACCACAUUGCCGCAGAAACCAUGGUGAUCGAAAACAGCUUCGGCAGCAACAGAAAAGAGACACUCACAUCACUGCAGCGCUUAUCGACAGCUCUGAACAUCUUGGAGAAGUAUGGCUGUAAUCUGACGAAUCCCAACAGACCAAAGUACUGGAGAACUGUCAAGCACAACAAUCCGGUCUUCAGGGCCACCGUUGAUGCGAUCCAGGGAGGGAGGGCCGUGCUUUGUCUCUACGGUUACUCCAAUCAGCAGCCGGAUGGGCUCAGCUUCCCCGACGAUGUCGCCGAUCCCGAUGUUGGCAAAGUUGCGGCAAUAACUCUGGAGGUGAUGAGCCUCAGGAUGGAGCUGGAAAUGCUCACCAAGGAGACUCAUCCUCAUCCGGAAUUCUACGAGAGAAUCAUUCCUACCCUAAGACACAAGCUUUCAGAGAACUGCGCCGUCUGUGGAAUAUUCCGCAUGGCCGUCCACUGCCGGACUUGCCUCCAAGGCAUGUGUUGCGAGUGUGACCGAGUGUACCAUUCCUUUCCUGAAAGGGCCAAGCACCGCCGAACUGCCGUCCCAUCGACGACCUCUUUUGCCCCGACGUCUAAAAGUGGGAGGAGUCAAAGUCCUUCCACCUGGCGUUGCCUUCACUGCACCGCCGUCAACUCAUCCCAGCUCGCGCUGUGCGAGGGUUGUGAGCGCCCUCGCUCCGAGUCACUCGGCUCCGCUGCCGAUCAAUCUCCGCCGGCUACCAUGACAGAGUGGCAGUGCAAGAGCUGCACCGUGGUCAACGCAGCCGGCAGCAUUCUGUGCCAGGUGUGCGAAAGACCUCGCUUGGCGACGCGACCUCCGCUUCCUCCGUCGCACCCACCCAUCACGCCACCCAGACCGCCGGCGCCUGUACUGGGCAUGCCCGGGGACCCUGACAGCCAGUGGGUGUGUCAGUUCUGCACGUACCUCAACUACUCACCUGCCACAGUUUGCGAGAUGUGUGACCUGGCCCGUCCGGAGCCCGCACCUCUGCCCUCAAAGCUCCGCCCUCCCUCUCCAGUCCGACGGGUCCCCGCCCUGCCGGUCCGAGGCAAAGGACCGACGCAACGAGACCCAAACUCCUGCAGGCAGCGGCGAAUGAAGGAGGACGGGCUGAAGCUCAUCCGGCUGAUUCGAGAUGGAGAGAAGAACGGCGUCAGCCCAGAGGAGGUGUACACGUGCGUGAGGGUCGCCAAAGAUUCCGCCGUUCUGCCUUGCAAAUGGUUGAAGUCGGAGCUGCCUCGGCAAUUGGACGAGAUCAGCUUGUUGUCGGCCACGCUCUCCCAUCCGUCCAACAGGUGGUAUGAGGCCCCCGCCGAGGAUUCCGGAAAAGCAAAAGUUGCGGUCCAACUUUCCAGAGCGGAAGCCAAGCAGGCCUGGCUGACAACAGGAGGCGAUUCCGAGAGGGCUGCCAGACAAGCCCUGCGAGAGCGACUCGCAAAAGUCAAGAUGCUGCGUUCUUCGGGCUUCGGCGACGAGGCUCAUUGUCAUGAAGUUUUGAGGCAAAGCGGGGGGGAGGUGAGAGGGGCGCUGGCUUUCCUGCAGCGCCCCCUUCUGCAACCCUUUCAUGAACGCAUUUGGAGGGACGAGCCCGAGCCAGCGCUGGACAUCCGUCACCCCGACAAACAGCGUAUAUGUCGGAGAUUACUGGCGGUGUACGAUCUACCCAGCUGGGGCCGCUGUGAGCUGGCGCUCUCGCUUCUUCGGGAGCACAACGCCCCCUACUCCCUGGAGGAUGUCGUACAGGCCGUGCGGGAGUCUCAUGACAGGGAGUUCAUCAAAAGAGUCCUGGCCAAAGAAUGUCCCAUCUGCCUUUCCGUUUUCCCCCAUAGUAAGAUGCAGUCGCUGACGUCGUGCCAGUGUUCCGUGUGUUGCGGUUGUUUCCAGCAGCACUUCACCAUCGCCGUCAGGGACAAGCAUAUCAGAGAUAUGGUGUGUCCGGUCUGCUGGGAGCCCGACAUCAAUGACCCCGAGGACCUCAACAGCUACUUCUCCACCUUGGACAUCCAGCUGCGAGAAUGUCUGGAAGCCGACGUGUACGAGCUCUUCCAUAAGAAGCUGACCGAGCAGGCCCUCAUUAAGGACCCCAAGUUCCUGUGGUGUUGCCAUGUCAGUUCUCUGAAGAGUCACGAGGCCCUUCACGACCGCACGUCACCUGAACGCAAAGCAUUCUCGCCCUCCUUUCCUUUCCUUGCUUGUUUUUUUUUGUCUGUUUUUUCCUGUCUGCAGUGGGAAUCUCAGCAUGCCGGUUUGUCCUGUGAGCAAUACCAGUCCUGGAAGAGAGAGAACGAUCCCGAGUAUCAGAAACAGGGCCUGGCUGGCUACUUGCGAGACAACGGCAUUACCUGUCCCAACUGUCGCUUCCAAUAUGCGCUGUCGAAAGGAGGCUGCAUGCACUUCUGCUGCUCUCAGUGCCGUUACCAGUUCUGCAGCGGGUGCAACAACCCGUUCCAUACGACCUGCGCCGUGGAUGAGUGCACUGUGUCCGGGCUGCACGCUCAUCACCCCCGGGACUGCCUCUUCUAUUUGAGAGACUGGGAACCUUCGAGACUGCAGGCUUUAUUGGAGAACAAUGAUGUUGCCUACAAUACUGAGCCCCCUCCCGGAACGCAGACAGGGCUGUGCGGAGUCAUCGAGCAGAAGGAUGAUGGAGGCCAGCAGCCCGACUCAGCUUGUGGAGCGCAGACCCAAACUGGACAUGCUGGACUCUGCGAGAAGCAUUAUCGAGAGUACCUGGUCAGCUUGAUCAACAGCAACUCCAUCGACCCGGCCCGACUCUACAGCUCCAACGAACUGCUGCUGGCCUGCCGCAGGUACAAGGUGGAGGACGCCCGCAGGGAUGCGGAGGACGCAUUCAACCACUACAGCAGGCUGCUUGAGAAACUAAUGGAUGAAGUGCCGCUGGGUGACAAGGUCCCGCGCAAGAAAUAACUGGUGCCCGACGCCAUCGCUCCUCGUACACAUCACUUAGGAGAUUUUUUUGGAUACGACCAAAGUGGAAUUUUGAUUUAAGCUGAGAGGAUGGCAAAUAUUUUGAAAGGAACUUUCAUAUCGUCACCCUCUUAAAAUCAUGGCCCAAGUCGUUUUGACAUGACAAAAAAAAAAAAAAAAAAAUUAGUUUUUUUUUGCUUUAAUAAACAUCUUUAGGAAGCGGGUCAACCUCGUCUAAAAUCGGCUGCAUCCUAAAUUAAACCGAUCAUUUCUUUUUACCCCUCAAAUGAAAUGAUUCAACCAACCAUCCAUUAUUUGAGCCGCUUCUCCUUCGGAGCAUCACGGGUGCACCAGAUCUCGGGUGUCUUCGCCCCCCCCCCUUUUUUUUUUUAAACAAACAUUGGACUCUGAGCACAUCACUAAGGAAGGUCAGGAGAAGGAUGACAAAGAGCUGACCACGAACUUCAGGGACGGUUGCAGCAGCUGGUGGCUGAGCUUCUUCAAGGGCACUUGGUCUUUUCACUGCACCUCCUCACACCGCUGUGGCCAGUGCUCCUUUGCCACUAGAGUGAAGGACAAGCAGGAAUCACCCAUGAUUGUAAGAUGCGUCCAAAAGAAAAAGGGGGUUCUAUCGUGGAACCAAAUGGUGAGUAAGUCAGAAUAGCAGACAGCCAUCUCCUACCGACGCCAUUUGGGCGGCUUUUGGGAAAAGGGGAAAAAAAAAAACACUUUAUUUUAAAAUAAUGACGUGGGGGGGGGUGGAUCCGCUCAUGGCGCAGAUUGACGCACCGCGAGGAUGCGGGGGGUCCAGUGUAUAUUGACCGAAACCAGAGCGUGACGGUCGUUUUCUGAGGCAGAAAAAUCACUCGCACCGUGACAACGCGGAGGAUGGAGACGUUGGAGAGUUGGCCAUUCGCUGACUCGACUCGUGCGUGUCGGCAACAGAGACUCUCCACGCUUUGCUUUGUCAGCCACGACGGGUACAUAUGAAGUGAUCAAUAAAGUCCAUUUUAAAUA